AUCAAUUUUUUAAAAUAACGUGUUUCAAAGUGAACAUUAAAAAAUGAACAUCUGGCAACGUUGGAUUUGCACAGUUCUUUUGAAAUUUCGUGACAACGUUGCAAUUUUGGUGAUUACGGAAUAAAAAAAUUUUGUUUAUUUUGAAUUUUUCAGUCAAAAAAUAUUGAAAAUUUGAAAUUUUGGAGAAAAGACGAAGUCGAGAUUUUGUGUAAGAAUAAUUCAUAUUGAGAAGGGGGACGUAAAGCGUUCCAUGACCUAUUUAGAGUACCUGUGAUCUUAAUUAUCAUUGGAUGGUGAAUUAUCCCAGACAAAAUGAGCAACUCGAAGAAAAGCGAUAUCAUCAUCGAAGAAGAUGACGAUUUCGACGUAAUCGAAUGCGAAGAAGUCAUAUUAUCUGAUAUAGAUGACGACGAGCCUGCCAACGCAGCGAGAUGUUCGUCAUCUUCGAAACCCAGAGACGAAGAAAUAAAAGUAGAAGAGAAAUCUAUGUCGUACUCAGAUUCAUGUACGUCAAUCGACAUACAGAAAUUAACGGAUUAUAAGCCGUUAAGAAAAAUCGUUCGUAAACCGGCUAGACCAGUGCGACUGUUUUCUUUCACCGAUCACGAUAUCAUCGAUAGAUUUUCGUUAGUGGAUCCGGCCAAAAAAGACUUAACUUUACAGCUGUUGAACGUUGUGAAAUCGGUCAACUUACGACGUAAAUUAAAAGUUGAAAAGAACGGCACAGUUGUACCGAAUUUUUAUAUAAUCGCUACGAAUCGAGACUUGGAUGACCAAUCGCGUAAAAUAAGUUCGAUGAAAUCGGUAGACAUUGUUAGUUUAGUCAAAGAAAUCAUACACAUGAUUAAAACCUGUGUUUAUAGAGAAGUAGAUGAUAUCGAGAUCAUAUGCGACAGUCCGGCUAUAUUUUUAAUCAAAUACGUCCGCGUUAAGAAUUGGGAUUCGUCGAUGAACUCGGUGUACGUGGUAACUUCCGAAUACCUGUUACCGUAUUUGUGUAAAAUUCGUGCCGCCGAAGAGCAAGAAAAAAACUCGAAACUGAUCGCCGUUAAACUCGUAAAAGAUGAAGGUAAAAGGAAAUCGAAUACGAAACAAGCACUCCAGGCAGUGAAAAGACAAAAGCUCGAAAAUGACUUAGACGAUGAAUCGUUUCGUUAUCGCGCGAAUGCUAUACGAGAAUUAGACCCUCUAAAUGAUUCGAGUAUUGUUCCGAAUCUAUCGACCGAAGAAGGUAUAGUUGAAUCUAUUUUAACGAAAUAUUUGGAACAAGAAGCUGUGGAUUUUUUCCUUAGUCAGAUGAGAAGUUCUGUUAAAUACUGUAGCCGGUUCAGAUGGUCGGAUCGAGAUAAACUUUUUGCUCUGGGUUUACUGAGAAAGAAUCCAACCGAGUAUAGUAUAUUGAACGAUCAUUAUUGCUUGCCUUCCGAUAAAACACUCGAUAAAUUUAUGAAACAACUUCAGACUGAUAGAAUUGAUGAUAUUAGAAUCGACGAUGCAUAGAAUCUCUUAUGUUCGUUAAAGGUUGAAAACUUGAUUAUUACUUAGGUAUUUCAAAAGUGCGUUGUUCAAAAUGUAUAGUUUUUUUUUCUUCUAACGAAUCUGUUCGUUGUUACCGAUUUUUCUCCUAACUCGUUAUUUUCCUCCGUGUAAAUAUCGAAUCUUCAUUUUAGAAAUGUACGUUUAUUGUACAUUUCUCUUUUUUGGAAUAAUUAUUUCAACUAUACGGAUAAAAGUUUUGUUUUUAUGGAUAUAAAACGAAGUGCUAGGCAUUAAUAUCUGUUUUUAAGAGAUGUUUCCAAAGUCGAAUAUUGCAUGUAAAUUUGUAUUUUACUCGAGAAUAUUGUUGUUUGGUGAAUAAAUUAUUGAAAUAGAA